AUGAACCACUCAAUUUCUCAAAACGUUUUAUAUGACGAUGAAUUCCUCCCAAGUGAUGAUCCAUUCCUCUUUGGCGAUGAAAAGGAGAUUUCUUUUGAAGAAGGUACUGCUACUAAUAACAUCUUGAUGAUCAACAAUACCGCUCUUCCAUCAACAACAAGUUGUGGUUCGUCUACCACUUCCACUGAGGAAACCACCUCUACCAUGGAUGCUUGCAAGAAGAGCACUGCAACCACUGCUUCCGGUCUUGUGGUUCUUUUGAAGCAAGCAAAAGGUAGAGAAGAUCAAUUUGAAGACCGUUUUCCACCCUCUUUGCUGUGUCAUCCUUACAAGUAUGACUUGAAAAUCAUUGGUUCUGGCGUGGAAAAUCAUCGUCAACACAAGUUAACUUUGAAUCUCGUUGAUGCUGAGACUCUAGUCGUUCCGAACGUUACUCUUCCAAACAACAAGAAAAUUGUCGAAGCUGUUGCUGUUGAACAAGUUGAAGAGCUUAAUCCUAACGAAAGAAUGAUUCGUUUUACUUUUAAUUUGUGCUCAUUCCACUUCAAGAGAAGAUCAUUCAGAUUGGAAUUGACACAAACUAUUGGUGGUACUGUCAAGAGACUCUUCCUGAGUGAUCCAUUCCAGACAUUUGCAAGACGUAGAGAACAUCAUCAAAGUUUGGGUUCUUCAAAGGCCUCCUUCGAAAACAAGAACAAUCUCGCCAAUAUUGCUGCCCAAACUUCACCAUCAAUGUCUUCUGCACCACUCACUCCCGACUCUUCCAACAAUAGCAGUGGAAGCAACAACGUUCUUUCCUCACCAAAGAGUGAAAAGCAAGGAGUUAAGCGUUCUAUUGCAUCCGUAAACUCAAGCUAUUAUCCAAUGAGCAAGUCACGCACCCUGAUGCAUGAACCAUUGUCACCAACAAUCCUUAACCCCUCCGCUGCUGUUUCUCACUACACCACUGCUCCUGGUGCUUUUGGUCCAUACAUGUUCCCUGCUAAUUAUGCUGCAGUUGCUGCCGCUUAUCAUCAAGAGAUGGCUCAACAAUUUGUUUCUCUUCCUUUAUCUUAUGCUGCAGCCAAAAUGCCAAUGUAUUAUCCACCUCAAUGGACUGCUUAUCAACCUCAGUUUGUGUUUGGCUCACCUCAAACUUCUACCUCACCAGUAUCACCUCCUUCGAAUGUGAUUUCAAACCAAGAAAAAACUCCCGAUGUGUUAGGUGCUCUCUUUGAUACUGUGGAGAAUAAGCAAAAGAAGGAAAAACAGAUUCAUCAUACACCACUCAACUUUAUUCAACAGCCACAACCAGAGCCAACAAGUGAGAGAGCAUCCUUAGCAAUUCAAUUGCUCAAGUCUCUCACUCCAACUGAAAGACAAACUGUGAACAUGUUCAUCAACAGUACUUCUUCAAACGUUUAA